CCGCCUGUCACGUGACCUGCGGGCAAGAUGGCGCCGUCCAAGGAGAGGUCAGUCAACUAGUGGGCUGGGGUCCUGCAAAGAACUGGAUCAAAUUCUAAACACAGGUAAUACUAAGCCAGUGCUGACUACUUCAGAAGACAGAGCCCGGUUGGAUUAAGCCAUCAUCAUGGUGAACAAACUGGUGAUAGCAGAGUCACUCGUGGUGUUCUGCAUUGUGUUAAGUGUUCACAGCGUGGUCUGGGAUCGUUUUUCGUGGUGUGCCCUGGCCCUUGCCGUCCAGGCGUUUUAUGUGCAGCAUAAAUGGGAUCGGUUAUUACAGUCAAACGGAGCGGUAUUCCAGUAUCGUUCAUCAGCAAACAGCGGGCUCUUGCCAGCCAGCAUGGUCAUCCCCUUACUGGGUAUCGUAAUGAAAGAAAGAUGCAAAGCCUCGGGAAACGUCUACUUUGAGCGGUUCGGGGUGGUGGUGUCUGCUACCGGGAUGGCGGUGGCUUUUUUCCUCUCGAUCAUCGCACUUGGCAUUACAAAACCUGUUCCUAAAAAUACCUGUAUAGUGUCGGGGAUUACCGGCACUGCCAUACUCUACACUAUGAAACAUUCGCUGGCGGUGUCUGAAGUCAUUGAAGUUUUGGAGGUGCUUCUCAUAUUCGUGUAUCUGAGCAUGAUUCUUUUGUAUUUGCUGCCCCGUUGUUUCACUCCAGGAGAGGCACUGAUUGUCCUUGGAGGACUUAGCUUUGUCCUUAACCAGCUCAUCAAGCGCUCCAUCGGCUCUGCAGGCGGCACGGGGGAUCCUGCCGAUUACCUCCUCCUGGUGACUUUGGUUGCUUUGGUCCUUCUAGGAAUAAUCUUCUCCAUUUUGUUCUUCUUCUUGGACUCAAACACGUGGACAUCCUCCUUGUUUUUUUACAUGAUGACAGCAGUUUUAGGUCUAGGUAUCUUUCUACCGUGGCUGCAACUCCUUAUAAAGAAACAUCCACUGUUUUGGUUGUUUGAGUUCUUGGUGCAGACCCGUACGCGUCUCUACCUUCUCACCUCGUGGAUACUCCUUGUUUUAUCGGCCUGUGCGGUGGUUUUGUAUCAGAAUUACAGAAGAUCCACGGAAUCCAAAAAGCAUCAAGUUUCUACGGUCAUCCGCAAAUAUUUUCAUUUCCUUGCUGUAGCUACGUACGUUCCUGGCCUGAUAUAUGACAGGCAGUUGCUGUUUGUGGCCUCCGUAGUCUGCCUAGCAGUCUUUGUACUUCUGGAAUACGUGAGAUAUUUUCGUAUCAAACCACUAGGGCACGCUUUACGGAACUUGCUGUCAUUGUUUGUGGACGAACGGGACAGUGGCCCACUGAUACUGACUCACAUUUACCUUCUCUUGGGGAUGUCAUUACCAGUGUGGCUCUUUCCCAGGUUCUGUGCCUCUUCGCUUUCUGGUCCUUCUACGUUGCUGCCUUACUGUGGGGUACUUGCCGUGGGGGUCGGCGACACUAUAGCAUCUAUCUGUGGUAGUGCAUUUGGGGAGAUCAAGUGGCCUGGUACCAAGAAGACCUUUGAAGGAACAACUAUGUCAGUGUUUGCCCAAAUCAUCACAGUGGCGCUCAUUCUGAUCUUUGACACCAGUGUUAAUAUGAACAGUGGUUAUGCCUGGAUAGUAGGAUCCAUCACUCUAGUGUCCCUGUUGGAGGCUUUCACUACACAGAUUGACAACUUAAUCUUGCCCCUCUACCUCCACAUAUUACUGAUGGUGUAAGAGCAACAUGGAAAGGACAUUGUCCUCGUAAAGCUAAAAUGCACUGAUCACUGUGUUGAAGAUGAUGAUACUUCUCGAAAAGUCUAAUGAAGGACACAGAUCAAAUGAAGCUCGUUCAAUUGCCAAUUGGUUCUCCAAAGGAAACAUCUAAAAUGAUUAGGAGGCAAUAAGUGAUACAUUUUAUUUGUGCUAUGAACACUUGUUGACCAAACAGUGCUACAAUAAUGUUCUAGCAAGUAUCUACAUGUAUAGAUUAAGAGGAGGCAAAUGUUGGCCAUUUAGUCACAAUGGAGAAGACUGAAUUUGAAUAUGGUGGCAGAUGGUGAUGUCCCAAGGUGGGUCAACACCUUUAAAACCCUCUUCUUCCUCUUUUUCUACACAUAGAUAAUUUGCUUGUGAUUGUUGUGCCACAAUUGCUUAAUCCUAUUUAUCUUAAAGCCACGUUGACACACAUUGUUUGAGCUGGACCUUUGCUUUGGGAAUGGAAUCUGCGGAGUCCCCUUUUAUGAAGUGAGUUAAAAAGAAGUUAAAACCCUUUAUUGUAAAUAAAGCCCUUGGAGUUUUUUUUCCAGCAACAGAAAAUCUCUAGAUAUGCUGCAUAGAACAAGAAUCAUUUUAAUAUCCAUCAAGAAUACUCAGGGCUGUGUAAGGGGUUAGUAUUGCAAGGCAGCUGCAGUUUUAACUCAUGAGAGGCUGCACCUGAGGAACCUCCAUAAGGGAUACGUUCAGUCAACAAGGUGACUCGAGAAGUCUUACAGAUUUAACUGAAUUAUACAGGGCUAACCAAACCCUGCAUCAUGCAUUGUGAAGUCUGUGAGUUAAAACUGCAGCCUCCCAUUUUAGUGAAUCAACCCCUAAGUGUAUUGAGCUUUGUUUUUCAUCUAUCGUAAUCAUUGUUAACCACUAAGAGCAUUCUCUGCGUGUUGAUCAUUCCAAGCACAAAAGAAUCCCAAAUUAUGACAAAACCAUAUAAUGCUAUCUAAAUGGAUGAAAUUGAUUUUUCAUUUCCUAAAAGUAAAAACUUUGUUGGGUCUCAACACAUGGCAAGCGUCUUAAUCCAAAAACGAAGAACAAUUGUGUUUUUAAGAAAUGUGAUCUGUUAACUCUGUUUAAUUUAUAAAACAUUACAAUCUC